AUGGAUGAGAGACAAAUUAUAUGCUAUUGUCGAUUUGAUGGGAAAAUUGACAAAAAUGAGAAUGGGGAAAUUAUAUACAUCGGCGGUGUCACAGACCCUUUUAUGAUAACAACAACAACAACAUACGAAUCAUUUAUAAAUGAGUUACAACAACGUUCAUCUUCAAACAUGAGUGGUAAAGUCAUAUAUUAUACCACCGAAUCUAACAAGAAUGAACUUUUGAGGAUGACGGGAGAAUCUGGAUUUAGAGUGAUGCUUGUAGUGAGUGGUCCCAUGCUAAAUGUGUAUAUGGAAGAUGCAGAGCCUGUAAUUGCAUCAUGCACAAUUCCUACUGAUCAUAGUGAGAGCCCAAAUGAUUUCAAAGAUGCACUCGUUUUGUUUGGUCUUCGUAAUCAUUUUCGGUUCAAGUACUUGGACAAUAGCAGAAAAUAUUAUAGAGUUGUGUGCGAGGUUAAUAAUUGUCCAUGGAAAUUAUCAGCUGGUUGUGAAGGAAGUGGUGAUAUAGUGAGAAUCAAGCGGUUUAAUAAUGUUCACACUCACACUGCUCAAGACAUUUUAGAUUAUAAAGCCAUUUUUUGGUCGAAGGAAAUGGGUCGAGCUAUUGUGAACAAGGUUAGGGACAAUCCUAAAUGCACCCCCAAGACUAUUUCCACAGACAUAAACGGUGAAUUUUCUGCUAAAAUGACUUACAUGCAAUCGUGGAGAGCUAAGGAGUGUGCACGUCAUAUCAUUGAGGGAAAUCCCAAGGAUAGCUAUAUUUUAGUCCCGUGGUUGUGUGAACGAAUAGCAGAAUAUAUUCCUGGGACAAUUACAUCGUGGGAGUGCACGGAUGAUAGGAGAUUUAAGCGAGUGUUUGUAGCUUAUGGGUGCUCCAUACGAGGUUUCAUCAACUAUUGCAGGCCCAUGUUAGCAAUCGAUGCUUGCCACUUGAGUGGCAAUUAUAAAAGAAUAAUGCUUGGUGCAACGGGGUUCGAUGCGAAUGAUGGCUUGUGGCCUUUGGCGUAUGCUGUUGUUUCUUCUGAGAAUGAUGAUGAUUGGCAUUGGUUCUUGAGCAAGGUGAAAGAGAUUCUAGGUGGUCGCAUUGUGACAAUCUUAACCGACAGGCAUCCGAGCCUAAUAAGUUGUAUUAGAGAUAUUUUUAGCUCCCAGUACCAUUCAUGGUGUCUUCGUCACCUAACGGCUAAUUUUUCUACAUCCAUUCUUGGGAGACAAAGUUUAGGAUUGAGGGCUUCGGGUAAAGAGCAUGCGAAAAAAUUACUCGAUAAAAUUGCAUAUGCUCGAACUGUAGAUGAGUAUAAGAAUGCAUUGGCUGUCAUGCGGGUAUUUCGAGGGGAGUUAUGCGAUUGGGUUUUGGCGAAUUCACCUGAACAUUGGUCAAAUGCUAUGUUUACUUCCAAGCGUUGGGAUAAAUUAUACACCAAUCAAGUAGAGUCCUUCAAUGCAUGGGUGAAAGAAGAGAGGGUUUUUUCAAUCACAAGGCUGAUGGAUACACACAUGCAAAGACUCAGCAAAUUUUUAUACCAAAAGAGUUUGGACGUUCAGAAGUGGACUAUCCCGGUUGGGGAUCGUAUUGAGGAGAAAAUCAAAAAAGAGCAAGAGUUAGCUCUUGGUUUUCAGUCGAUGUGUGUUUCGCCUACUGAGUGUACAAUAUAUGAUCGAGACAGAAAACCAUUCAGGGUGGUAUUUGGCAGUGAAAAUUCUUGUAGUUGUUUGAAGUGGACCAUGAGUGGGAUUCCUUGUUCGCAUGCAUGCUAUGCCAUCCAUGAAUUAUCUUUAAAUAUUUAUGAGAUGGUUGAUCCAUGGUUUAGGGUUGAAACACAACAAAAACUAUGUGAACAUCUCAUGUCUUCUGUCCCCAUGCAUGAUAUGCCGAAUCCAGCUGCUGUUGCUGCUGCUGACGGUGAAGGUGCUUCCCAUCUUAGGCCUCCUGCGGUAACACGUCCCCCUGGACAACCUCGUAUUAAAUGA